AUGAAUCUGAGUGACAGGUCGAGCUUGCACCCCUUUUUCGACAAGACCCGCCGUAGUAAAGCUUCAACUGCCCUGGAACAGCAACCAAUCUCGCCAGCCCUCGAUAGAACUACAGCGGACGCCGGAUCAGAUGCCGGAAGCAAUGAACCUAAACAGAAGAAGCGGGCUGGCAGAAAGAAAGUCAAGGCUGAGGCUUCGGUUGGCACAGCCAGACAGGGAUCGAUACUGUCUCUCACCCAGGGUCGGGUCGCAGAAGGGCACGCUGGCAAGGAUGAAGCUACCUCCUUGGAGGAGGACCCUAAUCUCAACCGCCGGAAGCGUCGCAGGACUACCCCCGCAGAGGAUGGUGUUGUGCCGACUCCUGGAGAGCUACAGCCUGGUGCUCCAUCGUCACUAUCCUGGCACGAACAACUACUCGCAGAGGCAGAGAAGGGCUCUGAGGUGGUACAGCUGAGAAGCCUAGGUACAGCAGCCGCGGAACAUAGCGCAAGCGACAGCGCUCUUGUCCCACAGACACCACCGCUCGAUGAGCCUUCAAUCUCGUUGCCUUCGCCGGCACAGAUCGAGGUCCCCCACUCACCGCUACCGCUGGCCCAGAGCCGCCUGAGCACGCUGGACGUCGCUGGUCAUGGAGUCAAUCUUGAGCAGCCUUCAGCAUCUCCACGAAAGAUGACGCCUAAGAAGAUGCUGAGGCUGAAUGCCGCAGGCAGGUUCAGCUCGCCCGUAUCAAGUCCACAACCAGCACCGAGCGACAUUGCGAAGAAAAUUUCGCCUGGUAAAAGGAAACGGUCUAGAAGAGUCAAAGGUCACAAAAUGAUUGUGAUACGGUACGGACAAACUGGUCAGGAUAGAGCUGCAAUCGGUGGGAGAAUUCAACAGAUCCUGGAUUCCAACAAAACAGUGGCGGAUUCGCCGACAAAGCCCAAGAAGCCAGUUGGUCCACCGAAGCCCACCCAUCCAUUUUUCCUAGGGAAGACAAGUCAGGCCUCUGGCAAUGGAUUAGAAACGGGCUCUAAAGCGACCACUCAAGACACUUCUGAACAGGCCGAUGUCUUCUCUAGACCUAUGAAGACGGCUUCGACACCUGGAAAGAUUAGGGCUCUAGCUCUAGCAGCUCACCCUCCAGACUCCGGUAUAUCCUCCUUUGCCGCUUUCGGAAUAGAGCGAGCUAAGUUGUUAAGAUAUCCGGGAUCGAGAGAAGCCCCUUGGCCUUGGAAAGGCACAGCUCAUGUUCGGGAGCCGUUAGAUGUCCAGUUGGUGUCUGGUCUUGUCCGGGAACCGUCCGCAUCCGUGACUCGUGGUUCCUUACCUGGUCGUCGGAAAAUGAAGGAUAACGUCAUUCAAAUAUCUACACAGGAGAAUCUUAUCUCCUUGUGCUCAUGUGCUCUGGGCAUCAGUUCAAGGAAGGAUGCGCCGCAUGAAGAAGACCGGGUUCCGGAGAUGCUACGUGUGCCGAAAAGAUUACUUGUGACUGGGGCAGACAUGCAGUGUGCCGCCCGAAGGGAACUUCGAUCAUUCUCUGCGCUUCACAAUCAGGAUGAGUCAGAAAUUUUCACCGCAGAUGAUCACCUUGCGAUCGCCCAUCCAGCAUUGCGAAGGCUGUACAAGAGUAUCAACAGCACACUGACAGCGUGGGAGAAAGGCCAAUGCGAGACGCGGACCUGGACACAGAAGUAUGCGCCAAAAGUUGCCGAAGACGUUCUUCAGUCCGGCACCGAAGCCAUUAUCCUGAGGAACUGGCUUAGGGGUCUGACUGUUUCGGCCGUUGAGGGCGCCUCCAAAGAUGCUCCCAAAAGCUCUGGCCUAUCGUCUCGAACAACUGCUGCCAAAGCUGCGACUAGCAAGCCGGUCAAGAAAAGGAAGAAAAGGAAAGCUGAAGAUCUUGACGACUUCAUCGUCGACAGCGAUGGAGAGAUGGCUGAAAUGGACGAACUCACUGGUCCGGAGGAUUUGAUAACUGGAGAGUUAGGACGCGCUCAAAAAAGAUCCGUAGUCCGGACCGGUGAUCUCGAAUCUCGAAAUGGCCGUCCAAGCAAGGUGGCGAAUGCCGUGUUGCUGAGUGGACCGCACGGAUGCGGCAAGACAGCUGCUGUUUAUGCCGUUGCGAAGGAGCUCGGUUUCGAAGUCUUCGAGAUCAACCCGGGCAGUCGUCGAAGCGGCAAGGAUGUGCUCGACAAGAUCGGCGACAUGGUGGAAAAUCAUCUUGUUCAGCGAGGUUCUGGAGGUUCCACCGCCGGGAGUGUUGCAGAUGAUAUGUCACGCCUUUCGGACGCCCUCAACAAGGACCUCCAGAGCGGUCGGCAAGGCACCAUGAACACUUUCUUCAAGCCCGCCAUUCAGAAAAAAGCUUCACCAAAGAGCGAGCACCAAACUGCCAAGCCCCGCAAGGAUACGUUGAAGGAGGCUGCGAAGCAAUCCCAGCCGCGGCAGCAAAAGCAAUCCCUAAUUCUGCUCGAAGAGGUUGACGUACUCUUCGAAGAGGACAAGCAGUUCUGGAUGACCGUUUUCAAUCUCCUAAACCACUCCAAACGCCCGAUCAUCAUGACAUGCAACGACGAGAACCUCAUCCCUCUAGACGCUCUUUCGUUACAUGCCAUACUCCGGCUCAUCCCACCGCCGUCCGAUCUUACUACAGACUAUCUUCUCCUCCUGGCAGCGAAUGAAGGCCACUUACUCAAGCGCGAGGCCGUCUUAAGCCUUUACGAGUCAAAACAGCAUGACCUCAGAGCUAGCCUUACAGAGCUCAACUUCUGGUGUCAGAUAGCAGUGGGCGACCAAAAGGGCGGGUUGGAAUGGAUGUUUCAACGGUGGCCACCUGGCAGCGACGUGGAUGAACAUGGCCGCACCAUUCGGGUUGCCAGCAAAGGAACGUAUCAAGCGGGCAUGGGCUGGCUUGGCCGUGAUUUAAUCGCUGCAACCGAACAUGUCGGCUUUGACAGGGAUUUUGAGGUGCUCCGCGAGAUUUGGGACAACUGGCACUUGUCAGCGGACUGGGAUCAUGACAGUUUUCAGAGUACCGCUUGUUUGGAAUUACUUGGAGAUGGGGAUUCUUUGGCGAAAGACACUAAGGCUCUGAGUGAUUUGGAGAGCCUGCUGGAUGCGGCGAGUGCGGCCGAUGUGUACUGCAAGAUCGGCCUUACCACUGGCAGACAGGAGAGCAUCGACACCACCCAACCUCCGAUAACCGACAAGGCACGCUCGAACUACAUCGAAGGCCAACCGGUCCUUCAAGCCGACCCCAUCACCGACUACUCCGCCACAGACACCAAGCUCGCCCUAAGCACGCACCUAAGCAUCGAACGCCAACUCGCCGCCUCCGACUCUACCGAACUCGAGCCCACUUGUCAGCCGCUCACUGAAUCAACUCUAAUCAACCACAUCCGAGCUUACACGAACCACACCCGCACCCACGAGCCCCUCACCCGUACCGCCUUCUCCACCGCCUUCGACCCCAUCUCCGAGCCCGCCCUCCACGCCUCCCACUCCACCACCACCGCACUAACAGCCUCGUCCUUCGACCGCCCCUUCAGCAUCCUCACGACCGAUCUCGCGCCAUAUGUGAGGAGCAUUGCGGCCUAUGAUCUCAGGCUCGAGGAACAGCGGGUGCGGCUUAGUGGCCUGCUUUCGGAGGGUGGACGUGGGAACGGGAAGAGGGUCCGCACGACGAGGGCCGCGAGGAGUGCGCUCGAGGGCGGGAAGAGGGAGAACACGAGGCGGGAGAGGUGGUUUGGGAAAGAGCUGAAUCUUGCUUUGGUGUUGAGGACGGGUGGAAAGGAAUGGGCUGGCGCGGUUGGCGGCAUGAGGGAGGGGGAUGGGGUGGCUGGGUCUGUAGCUGGGUCCGCGGAUGAGGGGAGUGCGGUGGAUAGGCAGCUAGAUGCUGAGUAG